AUGAGCUAGCUCACGCUCAACUCAUUAAGGUUCUUCAGAAUUUCGCUUUUGGAACCAAACAAUAACAUGAUGAAGAACACCAACAUAAAGCCCCUGAGGAGAUCAGGGACAUCUCUAGUAGCAAUGAAAAGAUUCAAUAAUACCUCUUCGUUCUCGCUGACACAAGCGCCAUUCUCAGCUGCCUCUGCUCAUUCCUCGGCUGCAAACACCAAGGGUGGUAACCAGCCAUCUCCCACUCCAACCUACAUAGAGUUCCCAACAUCGCCCCAGCCACCUGAUGAUCACGACGGGGUUCAUGCUAAUCACAAUGGAACCAUUGUUCAUCAUACUCACUCAAAGCACCCACUUGCUGAGAUUACUCUCUCUGAACUAUUUACUUGCUCCGGUUGCAAGGAGUUUGGCGCUGGCCGUAGGUAUGCAUGCCAAGAUUGUGAUUUUCAGCUUCAUCACUUUUGUGCCUUAUCUCCACCCUCUCUUAAGGCUCAUCCUUUCCAUGGCCAACACCAACUCGUCUUCCAUGCUAAACCUAAACAAGUUAAAGCUGGAAUAACGUGGCCAAGGUGUGAUGUCUGCGGCAAAUCCACCAAAGGGUUCACAUUUAGAUGCAGAGUCAACUCCUGCAAUUUCCAAAUGCAUCCCUGUUGUGCCAUGCUUUCCACCGAGGUUAAGCUUCCCAUUCACCCACACUCACUUAAAGUCUUACCACCAGGAAAUGCUUUAUCAGGUGGAGCUGGAGGCGGUAAUGAUCAAUCAGGAAUGGUCUGCGGUGCGUGCAAGAAGAAAAGAUCAUCAGGUCGAGUGUACAGCUGCACAGUCUGUGACUACCAUCUUCAUGCAAUGUGUGCUAAAUCCAUGAUCAACGGCCUCCAAGAAUAUGGAAUCAAGCCUCCUGAAAAGCCCAAUGUGCUUGGGACUGCUGCUCGUCUUGCUUCUCAAGUUGUUAUUGAAUUUAUUGGAGGUCUUAUUGAAGGAUUAGGAGAAGGGGUCGGAGAAGCUCUCGUUCAGAACAUCGGGAGAGGAAGGAGAAGCACUAGCAGAAGAAGGAUUGCAUGAAGGAUGCAUAGGGAGCCCCCUUAUCUCCCAACUAAUAUUUCCAAACCCCUUCCCCCUUUUUCC